AUGAAAAAAACCUGCCAAAAGAGAUCAUGUUGUUGGGACCCAGAUGUUGCUGAAGGCACCCCUUAUUGCUAUGUCAAGGACUUUGGGCGUGAGUAUUACAGUUUCGUUAGUAGCCCCAAUAUUCACAUACAAAUUCUCAACACUGAUCUCAAUAAGAUAAGAGAAUCUGAUAAAAGAUUAUUAAAGCUGUUUCCUUUUGGUGUCCAUUUUAUAUAUUCUCAUAACCUCUCCUCUUGAUAAAGUAUUGAUUUUGUGAGGAUAAACUGAUGUUGGUCACACUUAAGCAGGACAGCUGAAUGAAGCGGAAUGUGAAAGGGCACCUAUGUAAAAUUAAUGGUAAAAUUGAUAAAAAGGACUUUCGUUGCUGAUGUAUUAUGAAGACGCAAGAAUGUGGGGGAAAUGUAAUGCUUGAAUUUUUCCUGCCUCGGUUUUAGUGAGGUUUGAGUCCUUCUGUUUAAAUGGCCAGCAACUCCUCCCCCGCCCUCCAUCCUCAACAAAAAAAAUAAAUAAAAUAUAAUUAUAAAUAUAAUAAAAAGCUUAGCGGCCUUGUAUUUUACUUGUGAGGCAUCAGACAUACGCCUUAAGGUUUCCAAUUUUCCUUUCACCUUAUGCAAGAAAGAAUGAUGGGACGAGAAAGAGGAAAACGCCCAGGCUAGCCCUUAGGGCGUGUGAAUUUCACCAAAGUUAUUUUUAGAACGAAAAAACGCUUGAGGUUUAUCGGAAGUUGGUGUGAAGAUAUCCACAAUCUCUUAUUCAUUGUAAUAAAGAGAGAAUAACAGGACAUUAUGCUCUCUUGGUGUGUCUACAUAACAAUAAUUUACAUUGAUUGCUUUGAGGCAGUCGCGCGUGGACUUGGGGACUUUUCAAACAGUCGAUUAAAAUGUGCGGUCGUCCCAGCUUAAUUACAACCUCUAAAAAUACCUUAAGUGAAAUUUUCAUAUCUCAGCCAACGCCCUAAUGUUUCCCCGCUGCCCACUAUUAGUUUCCUUUGUCUACUUUCAGUACUUUCGUUCCUUUACAGAGCUCGCUUAUGGUAUGUGCCGAACCGCCCCGUCUGAACGUAAAGAUUGUGGAUAUGUGGGAAUAACAAAAGAGGACUGUCUGGGAAAAGGAUGCUGUUACGACAACUCGGUUGAUGACGGUAAAACCCCCUGGUGCUUCUAUCCGCCGGGUAAGUGCUAGUUGCGGAACGGGCUGCCACUAAUAUGUUCGCCUGUCCCAAGUUACUAUCCCUAGCGAGCCACACACUCAUCACCGUACGCCGCGCGCAGUCUUGCGGACCGCUAACGGCAGUUUAUGGAUCGUGCUGUCAGGGACCGCGGAGCAAGGUGAAAUGUGGGAGGGCUGACAAUUGAAAAUAAUUUUUUCAUAUUGAAAAUCGAAAAAUUUCUAACUAUGGGCUAUUGCAUUUAAUAUCCGCACCCCCCCCCCCCCCGNUGAAGCCUUAAUUUUCACAAAAUUCUUCAGGGGUAAACCCAAAUUCUUCAGGGGUAUGACCCAAUUCUUCAGGGGUAAACCCAUGUUUUACGGAAGUCUUCAGGGGUGAAUGCAAUUUUAGCCAAUCUAAAGGGGUAAGAUGAAAAGGUAAGUCCUCAACCGGGGGGUACGGAUUUUAAAUGCAAUAGCCCUAUGGCUGUUCACUGUUCAAGUAAUGUAAUUCUUCUUGCCAUCGAAUAUUUCAUUGAUUCGAAAGGAGAAAGACAAAACAUAAAACUUUUAUCAACUCAAAACAACUACUCACCUUUGUUUGGCUUGAAAAACCUAGUAAUAAUCUUCAUUUCGUCUGAUAAAACUGAUAAAAAACUCUGGCGGAGCUGGAAGUACAAAACACGCUGCCGAACGAAGCGAAGGGGUGGCCAAGGCAAUUACCAAGGCAUGGCGUUUGAUCAAGGGGCAAGUCGGCCCCAGGGCACAAUUACCGCGAAAAGCAAAGGAGCCCCGCAAAAUGCCUGGCGUUUGAAAUUAAAGAAAAUACAGAGAAUAUAGCGGAAUAUAGACGGAAAAAAACUUGUUUCAAGUCUUUUUUUUAAUUUUAAUUAUUUUUCUUUUUAGCGCAAAAAGUGGGGGCGGGGGCGCAAAAAAGUGGUGGGGCCGCGGCCCUACCAGCCCCUCCCCCUCCGCGGUCCCUGGCUGUCCAUACAAAUCGUUAAGGCACUGCCAAGAGUCCGUAUACUGAGCUCAUGUAAGUUGCACGAUCCGUAGAAUUGUAAGGAACGUAACAUAUCUUUAACGGGUUCAAUGGUUCCUGAAACAGAAAUGUAAGAAACACCCCUUAAACUGACCGUUGCAGAGUGGGGGCAAUAAGCGUUCCUAUGUCAAUUAUACACCGAUGUUCAAGUAAGUUGGGGGGUGGGGAGGGAUAGUGCGUUGUGUGUAGUACUAUAAACAGACUAUUUAACAAUUAUUUUCGAGCCCGAAUGGGAUAUUGACUCAGAGGCCAUGAGGGCGAGAGGAAUAAUUGUUUUAGUAAAAUCCAACUACUCGGUCAGAAAUAUCUAGACAAAACAACUUUAGCUAGUUAAAGCUAGACUUUAAUCCUUUUUUGUCGCCAGAAAGCCGUAGCUUUUCGCUACUAGUAGGCUAUAACAUAUAGCCUAGUAGUAGCUCAACCAAUCAGAUCGCAGCAUUGAUAAUAGACCACUAGUUGGCUUUUACUAAUUACUAUUAUUUGUUGUCUCUAAUCUUGGCAUUGUAUGCCGUUUGCUCUUUUAUGUUUUUCACCUAGACGAAACGGCAGCUACUUGUUAUCUGCCAUACACCAGCGGAUUAUGUAAAUACGUGUGUGAUCCAGAAACGGAGCCGGAUCAUGUAUACGGAUUAUGUUCAGAGGGACGUUGGUGCUGUUACAAGAAUCCCUUUACAAGUUAA